UAUUUGUUUUAGUCAUGGGAGGGCGCAUGUAUCAGUUUACACCGUGGUUUGGUGGUAGAAUAUGGUCAUAUGGUCGUCAGAUGGUGUGGAGUUGUGUGAGCAGUGUUAUGAACAGGCACGAAUAACUUUUUCCCUCUCGCACCAGCGUUGGCGCUUGUGGCGUCCUCUGUUGUCGCAAACUAAAAUUGCGUAGCAGGUCGCGCGCGCGGCGGCCGCACGUUACGCUGCGAGCGCCUACGCGAAGCCCAGCGGAGACCGACGCCGCGGACUCUCCCUCUUCCGGUUAGGCCUACACGCCUUUCCCCAUUGCGAAAGCGUCGUCCGUGUAUGGCCGUGGGAUCAGCGUCGGCGGCCAGCAGCAGCAGCAGCCUGGAAAACCAGUGAAGCGUCGGAUGCGGCGGCCCGUCCGGCGGCCGGAGCAGUGCGUGUAGUGUGGCAGUGUGUGGCAGUGCGAGCCAUCGUCGCUAGUGGGGCCGCAGCGUGCGCGAUGUGAGCGCGCAAAGCUGGCCAAGCCCCGGUCGCGCAGCUGGACGGACUGCCUGGUGUCCGGCCCGUGGCCGGCGCCACCGCCGCCUCCGCAGCGCUCGGUGUCGUCGCUGCUCUCGGCGGCCGGCGGCGGGAGAGGCCUCGCCGCCGCUGGCUCCUGGUACGGUUCGUUCGGCUCGCACGCCGCGCCCAUGGACCUGGGCCCGAGCCUUGCCGAGUGGACGCGCGAGCAGCCGCUCAGCAUCCUGCAGUUGGACCCGGCCGAUCGGGCCGUACUCCGCAUCGCCGACGAGCGAGACGCGAUCCAGAAGAAGACCUUCACCAAGUGGGUCAACAAGCAUCUGAUCAAGGCCAACAAGCGCGUGGAUGAUUUGUUCGUGGACCUCCAGGAUGGCCACAGUCUGCUCUCGCUGCUGGAGGUCCUCUCUGGUGAGACGCUGCCCCGCGAGAAGGGCCGCAUGCGGUUCCACAUGCUGCAGAACGUGCAGACGGCGCUCAACUUCCUUCGCUACCGCAAGGUCAAGCUGGUCAACAUCCGCGCCGAGGACAUCGUCGACGGGAACCCCAAGCUCACGCUGGGACUCAUCUGGACCAUCAUCCUGCACUUCCAGAUCUCUGACAUCACAUUCACCCAGAACAAUGAGAACCUAACUGCAAAGGAUGCUCUCCUUCGCUGGGCUCAGCGAACUACCGACCGAUAUCCAGGCGUCAAGGUGCGGGACUUCACCACCAGCUGGCGUGAUGGAUUGGCCUUCAAUGCUAUCAUUCAUCGAAAUCGACCCGACCUCGUGGACUUCCGUUCGUGCCGGACACGAACAGUCCGCGAGAACCUUGAGGUGGCCUUCUCUGUGGCUGAGCGAGAGCUCGGUGUCACGAGGCUGUUGGACCCCGAAGAUGUGGACACCCCCCAGCCCGACGAAAAGUCCCUCAUCACAUACAUCUCCUCGCUGUAUGAUGUGUUCCCUGAGCCAGCGAGCCACCACCCGUUCGCGGAAGACGAGAAGCUGCGCAAGGCAGAAGAGUACCGGGACCUCUCGAGCAACCUCCACACGUGGCUGCGCCAGAGUACGGCGUUGUUGCAGAGCCGCAGCUUCCCACCCACACUCUCCGAGGUGAAGCAGCUGCAGACGGAGAAUGUGCGCUUCCGCCAAGAGGAGGUGCCCCCACGGCUGCAGGACAAGCAGCGGCUGACCAAGCUGUGGCGUGACGAAGUGCACUCACUGGUGCGGGAGCAGCGGCUGCACGUGGAUGUCGAGCUCACACCCGACAACCUCGAGGCAUCCUGGCAGCGCAUGCUGGCUGCUCAUGCCGACCGGGAGCGGGCUCUGCGGGAUGAAGCAACGCGGCUCGAGAAGCUGCAGAGGCUUGCCGAGAAGGUCCAUCGCGAGGCCAAGAACUGCGAUGCUCGCCUGGACGAUGUGGAGCGGCGCAUAUCGGAGGAGGAGCCACGGCUUGGGCGGCUGCAUCCGGCCGACGCCAAGCGCGUCUGCGACCAGGUGGACCGUGACUUGCGCCACAUUGAGGACACCCUCAAGGCUCUAUUCCGAGAUGUGCAGCUGCUUUUUGAUGGCCGUUAUCACCGGGCUUCAGAGCUGCACAAGCUGGUCCAGAAAUUGCACCAGCGCUGGUCAGACCUCCGGCUGGCAUAUCAGCAGCGGCUGCUGGCACCGCUCUCGAGCAAGCAGUACAAGCUUGAGGAGCGAAAGGUGACCAAGCAGCGGCAGGUUAUCUCUGAAAGCCGGCUCGUGGAGACGCACGAGUACCUCAAGUUCCUGCAGAGCUGCCUCGACUGGGUGCAGGAGAAGCUGCGACAGCUCGAGACCGUUGAGUGGGGCUGUGAGGUGCCUGCUGUGCAGUCAGCCCUGGACCGGCACCAGGCCGACCACCGGCUCAUCGACCAGUUCCAGAAAAAUGUGGACAUGUGCAUCUCGAGGCAGGGACACUUCGAAGAAGGCAGUGAGGAACGUGCACAGUACCAGAAGCAGCUGGCGCAGCUGGAGCGUGACUACUCCGAGCUGCUGGUGCUGUCCAACAAGCGACUGAGCGACCUGGAUGCGCUGCUCGAGUUUGCCCAGUCAGCAGCCGCCGAGCUGCGCUGGCUACAGGAGCGGCAGCAGCCAGAGAUCAUGCGUGACUGGAGCAGCCCGACCCUGAACCUGGUCGAGCUGGAGCACCAUCAAGGGACGCUGACAGCAGAGGUUGAGGCACGCGAGUCGGCCUUCAAUGCAACGCUGGACCAGGGGUCAUCCCUCGUGCGCCAGCAGCACCCAGCAGCACGCGCCAUCGAGGCGCAGCUUAGCGCACUGCAGGCACAGUGGGCUUGGCUGCUCGAGCUGCUGCGCGCCCUCGAGGCCCACCUGCGACAUGCCGCGCACUACCACCAGUUCUUCAAGGAGGCUCGCGAGUGCGAGCAGUGGUUGCAGCGCGGAGAGGAGAGACUCAACACGACUUUCAGCCGACCCAGCUUCUCGCUGGAAGAGGGCGAGCGGCUGCUGCAGCAGAUGCAGGAGCUGCGCGAGGACUUGGCACGCUACGCGGGCAUUGUGAAUGCGUUGCUCGAGCGCUCUCGCCAGGUGCUGCCCCUCAAGCAGCGGCGUGCACCGUUGCCCCGUGCUCUGCGGGUCACUGCUGUGUGCAGCUACAGCCAGCUGAAUAUGACGGUGGCUCGUGGUGAGCAGUGCUGGCUGCAUGACAACACCCAGCGGGACCGAUGGAAGGUGGCCAAUGCCAAGGGACACGAGGGCCAAGUGCCGGGUGUCUGCUUCAUGAUCCCACCUCCCAACCAAGAGGCUGUUGAACUGGCCGAGAGCCUCAAACGCAAAUACGACCUUGUGGUGAAGCUGUGGACGAAGAAACAGCAUAAGCUGCGGCUCAACAUGAUCUUUGCCACCAUCAAGAUUGUCAAGGCCUGGGACCUCAAGACGUUCCGGGCUAUGGAGCCAAACCAACGCGAGUCGAUCAUUCGUGCACUCAACGAAGAUGCCGAGAAGCUGCUUGCUGAAGGCGACCCAACCGACCCCGACAUGCGACGUCUCCGUGAAGAAAUUCGUCUCUGCAACAAGUUGUUCGAAGAUCUCAUGGCCAAGCUCCGUGAGGAAGAAGCUGAGAAAUCACCCGAGAGCCCAAGUCGCCGCUUCGCAGACCUCUCAGCUCGGCUGGAGAAACUGCUGCAGGAGAAGGAGCGCACAUUGAACUCGCGGGUGCAGGCACACAUCCCACGAGACAUCGACAGCCUCGAUGCCCUCGUGGUGCAGCACAAGGAGUUUGAAGAAGGCCUGCAGGAUCUCGAGCCACAGGUGGCCGAGAUGCGGGUGGCUUUCAAGCAGAUGACCAAAAAGACACCGACGACCCAGGAUCGGCAUGAUGGGGUGGUGCGCCUCUGGGAUCGCAUCUGGAAUCUCUCUCACCUAUAUGUCGAGCGGCUCAAGGCUGUGGAGAUAGCUAACCACGGCCUUUCAGAGGCAACAACGUUUGUUUCGUCUGUUGAAGAACAGCUUGCCGCGCAGGGUCCAAUGCCCGAAGAGCAGAGCGCCCUGAGGCAGGUGCAUGAAGAUCUGGUAGCACUGCAGUUGGAGCUCCAGCAGCAGCAACCUCAGCUGGACCGGCUCGCUGAAGAUGUGGCCAGUGUCCGAAAGGUGACAGAACGCUCCCGCCCCAGUGCCUAUUCACAUCCAGAUGUCCGUAAACUGGAGGAUGACCUGCGCAAAGUUGUGCGCCGUUGGGACAAUGCAGCCAACCAGCUGGCCGAACGGCUGCGCAGCUGUGAGGCAGCCUCGGAGCUGCUGCGUGCUUACCGGAACAAAAUGGACGAAGAGAGGAACUGGGCAAGCCAGGCGACAGUGCGGGUGAAUGCGGUGAAGACGGCUCGCCCCUCCGUGGAUCGGCAGCAGGCUCUGGACCUGUACACUGAGGUCAGUGGCAGGCGGCCGCGCAUUGAGGAGGUGAACGUGCUGGGAGGAAGGUUCACCCGUGAGGCCCAGAUCUAUGGCCUGCGGCUGCAGCGCUUUUCCGAGGGCCUCGAGCAAGACCACCCGAGCCUGGAUGGCAGCCUUGCCGCAAAAAGGCGCCGGAUGGAGACGGCGCCUGACGGGAGCGGUGGAGUGGCAGCCGAAGUGAAUGAGCUCAAUGCUCGCUAUCUUUCCCUGGCUGAGGACCUGGCAAAAGCACUUGACCAGCAGUGCACUGCCGUGCUGACAGAGACUAGUGCAAUCAAGACGCUGACGAAGACGAGGGAGUUCAAGACUUUCACUGAGACCAGUGCUCCCAGGACAUUCACUGAGACUGGUGCACCCCGGACACCACAUGCUGAGGAAGCAGCAGCCGAUCAAGUGGCUUUACCAGAUAUUGUCCGAAGUGGUGCCUUGAGGACAGAUCGCUGGGUGUUUGUGGACAUUGCCACAGGACGAGAGUACAGUUUGGAUGAAGCUUUUGCCAAAGGGCUUCUCGAUUCAAGGCUCAAGGCAGCUCUCCUGGAACCCUGUGGCAUCAGAGAUGCCUCGGGGACUGAGCUGAGUUUGCGUGCUGCCAUCGAUAAAAGGUUGUAUGACCCCAAACGGGCCACUCUUCUGAGCCCCAAAAGUGGCCGACCAGUCACUGUCGAGGAAGCCAUUCAGCUCGGCAUCAUAAAGCGCGAGAAAGUGGUGUACUUGCUUAGGCUUCGUUUGGUCAGGGUAACUGAGCUGUCACUAGCCGAGGCGCACGACAGGGGCUUGGUGAAUCUUGUGACUGGCUUCAUCAACGAUCCCAAUACUGGAAUACCGGUAUCACUUGACGAGGCGUUUGCUAAGGGUUGGUUGGUACGAGAACGAGUUGAGGAUAGUGAGGGCAUGACUUUGUCACACGCUUUAGACACUGGGCUGGUGGAUGAUACCACUGGGAAGCUGAGAGACCAGCAUUCUGGAGACUGGUACACACUGCGAGAGGCACUUGCCCAGGGCCUUCUGUCUGCAGACACUGCAGAAGUUGUGGACACACGUGAGGGUGCCUUGGUGACGCUGCCUCGAGCCCUUCAUGAUGGACUGUUGUCGGAUACAGGUCGAUAUGUAAACGCUGCCACACAAAAGCAGUACACACUGGCUGAGGCACGAAAGCUACAGCUGCUGACCCCUCCUUUGACUCUCAAGGAUGCCCAUGACCGCAGUCUGUUAGAUGAGGAUGGCCAGGUGAAAAAUCCCUGGACAGGCACCUGGAUGACUCUUCUCGAAGCCAUUGCUAUUGGUCUGCUGGACCCGUAUGUCAAGUGCAUUGUGCACCCCAGAACUCAGGAGGCACUGUCACUUUCUGAAGCCCUCGCACAGGGAGUCAUCACGCCAGAUGGCAAGUUUGUCAAUCUGGUGACACGUGAAGUGCUUACUCUCAGCCAGGCAGUGCGCCUUGGCCUUGUUACAUCGGUUUGUCAAAAAACAAUAUUCAAUGUCUCAGCCUUCCAGGACCCCAUAUCAGGUGAGAGUCUCAGUUUCAAUGACGCUGUAGCACAAGGCCUUUUGAAUCCCAAAACUGGUGUUCUCACAUGGAAGGAUACAGGGCGAAAAAUUCCUUUUGAAAAGCUGGUUGAAGAGCAGGUUAUGCAGCCACAAAUUUUUGAAAUGUUCCGCAGGAGAAUUGGCUUGAAGGAUGACAGUGGGCAAGAGCUGACGCUCUCAGAUGCCGUGUUUAAGGGUCUGAUUGACCCAAACACUGGCCAGAUACGAGACAGAAAAACAAAGCUUCCCAUCCCCUUGAAGGAGGCACUUGCAAAGGGUGUAAUCACUCCUGAGGGAGCAGCACUCCUGCGCGGCCUGCUGAGAAUCACAGUAAGCACUGCCACUGUGACCAAGACUAUCACUCGCUAUGUUACUGUUUCAUCACAUGGCUCUCAGGAUGCACCGCUGACUGCAGAGGAUCAAACACUGCAGGAAGCUGUGCAAAGUGGCCUGCUCAGUCCUGAGACGGAGUGGCCUGCAGACUUAGGUGACCUCGCCAAGCGAACGCCUAUAACCCCAGAGCCCGUUCGUAGAACUGAGGCCCACCUGAUGUAUGAUGACACACAAGACGUGGCUGGGGAAAGAACUGUGUUGCAUAGCAGCAGAAGGGUUAUUGACACACAUUUGCUCACAAUAGGACAACACGGCGACGUUGCAGAUCAGGUCGAUCAGCUAAUAAAAGAUGUCCCACAGGAGCACAUUGUGACAGAUGCUGGCUUACCCGGAAGGAAGACCCAAGGCUCGCCGUCUAGAGAGGCUGCUGAUGCCAAGGAUUUCUCCAGGCCACAAAAGGAACGCAAAGUUCCUAUUACUCAUGCACCAUCCCUGACUGCCGAUGAGGAAGAGAGCGUACACACUGUUACUUACCACGUAACAUCCAGACAUGAAUUUUUUGAGAAGUCUCAGGUUGUUCAUGACAUGCACCACGCAGACACACUGAAAGAAAAGUCAGACGAAGACACAAGAGAUGUUUUUGGCCAUGACACAGUUCGAUCUAGGAGCCCAGACAAGGACAGGCCUGACAAGAAAAGUGAGGAGGCAAAGGACAGGGUACCCACAAGCACAGUCGGCAAGCAGCCUAGCGACACAUCCCCUCCUAUAAGAAAAAUGAGCCCAACGAAAACUCCUGCCAAGGGCAAAGAACAACCCACUGCUGACCAUAAACAGUCUGCGCAGAUGAAGAGGCCUGCAAAGCCUGAAGCUGCUGCAGGCAAACCAGUCUCGAGAACCUUGCAUGACAAACACGAUGUUUCAGAGCACAAGAGUGUUGAAGACGUAAGAGUCUCAGUGACCCAAACGUCCACAAAGACUGUUGACAUUUCCCACCACGAGAAACUUUUUCCAACUAAGGAAUCGGAGCAGGCUCAAAGCACACAAUCCUCACCAACUGUUCCAGCUAAAGGCAGAAAAGGCCUGCCUUUGGGUCAGAAACCAUCAGAAGGCAGUCCUGUGAAAACAAGAGAGCCGUUUACUGAACAUGUGCUGUCAGAGGACGUUACAGAAAGUAAGGAGUCUGUGCUUAUUGAGGAAAUGCUAGAGCAAACCCUUGAAGAAUCCCGAAUGCAUGAUGGCCAUGAGGACCGGCCAGGGGUGCAUCUGAAUGGUGGCACAGAAGUAAAAAAAUCUGGAGCUUUAGAACCAUCCCCACCAAGACAAAAGUGCCCUGCAGUACCGAAAAGCAAGGUGUCGCCAUCAAAAAGCAAACCAGAAAUUAAGGAUCUCUCACCAAAAGAGAGUAUGCCUGAAACAGUGGAAAGCAGAGAUAUAUCUCCAUUGAAACAGAAGGAGCCGACAAUGCAAGACAGCAAAGGUAAAAAGCCCUCGAAAGAAAAGUCUCCUUUUAGUGGCACAGUGCCAGGAAGAGAUGCAUCUCCUACAAAAAAGGCUCCAGCAUCACCUGAAAGGAGAGAUCGAUCACCAGCUAAAAAAACUAUUUGUGUUCAUGAUAUCAAAGACGAGGCCCCUAGAGAAGCUGUGUUCACAGUGGAAGACAGAAGCAUUUCUACAUUCAGACAAACAGGACCAGUGUCACCAUUGAGGAAGUGGGCAGAAACAUCUGAUGAUAAAGACAUCCUUCCUUCGAAAAUUAAGCCUGAGACACCCAACAGGGAAGAUGUGUCACCAGCAAAAGGGAUGUCUGAAUCACCAAGACGCAGAGGUAAGCUUUCACUAGAACAGGAGCUUUCUGAGACACCUAAAAUCGAAGAAACAUCAUCUAAACAGAAGGUGCCUUCAGCUCUGGCAAGGAGAGAUUUUUCACCGGCAAGAAAGAUUCCUGUAUCACAAGGUGAAAAUGAGGUGCCGUCAUUGAAAAUGGCUGCUAGAACACCAGCAGACAAUGGCACUACACCAGAAAAGCUGACGCAAGAAACAGACCAAAGAGGCGGGUUUCCAAAAAAAGACAUACCUGGAGCUCCCGAUGAAAGAGACACAUCUUAUAAAAAGGUGCCUAUAGCACCAGAUGACAGUGCAAUGCCACAGAAGUUGUUGCCUGGAACGCAAGAGGAAGGAGAUCUAAUGCCACUCAAAAACGUGCCUGGAACACCUGGAGGUGUAGAUGUGUCUCAUGUGAAAAAAGUGCCUGUGAGAACAGAUGAAAAGGAUGUGUCCUUACUGCAAAAGGUGACCACUACACUGGAGGUCAGAGACAUAUCACCACCUGAAAGGAUGCCUGGAACAUCGGAGGAAAGGGAUGCAUCCCCAUCGAAGAAGGUACCUGAAACACCAGUGGGCAGGGAUGUGUCACCACGUAGAAAGGCACCUGCACCACCAGGUAAAAGAGAUGUUUCCCAACCAGAAAUAUCUCGAAUACCAGAGGAAAAGGAUGUGUCACCAUCUAAAAAAGUUUCAGAGUCGCUAGAGAAGGAUGAGGUGUCACUACCUAAAGAGGCACCUCUGUCUCCUAGGAAAAGAGAAGUGUCCCCUUCCAAAAGGAUGCCAGGAUCUCCAGAGGGGAAAGAGGUAUUCCCAUUGAGGCAAGUUUCAGGAACACCAGAGAGCAGAGAGGUGUCACCAACAAAAGAAAUAUUUAAUAUGCCAGUAAAAGGAGUGUCCCCACUAAAGAAUGUGCCUGAAACACAAGUAGGAAGAGAUGUGUCCCCACCAAAAAUGGUGCCAGGAAUGCCAGAGGCAGGAGAAGUGUCAGCCUGGAGAGAGGCACCUGGUGGCCCAGAAGGAAAAGUGUCACCUUCGAAACCUGUGCCUGGAUUGCCAGAAAAAAGCAGUGGCUCUUCAGCAAUAAGGAUCCCUCCAACGUCAGCAGGAAGGGGUAUGUCCCCACUUCAAAAGGCACCUGGAACACAACAAACCAAGGAUACAUUGCCAUCUAAACUUGUGCCUGGAUUGCCAGAGAAGAUGGAUGUGUUGCCAUCGAAAAGGACACCUGGAACGGCAGAGGACAGAGGGGUGUCCCCACAAGGAAAUGCACCAGGAACAUCAGAGGAAAGAGCAAGUUUACCAGGACGAGAGGCGGCUGGACCAGCCGAAACAAGGGAUAUGUUGCCAUCUAAACAGGUGUCUGGAUCGCCAGAGAUGAGGGAUAUGUCACCACCAAGAAGGACACCUGAAGUAACAGAGGAUAAGGCAGUUUCCCCAUCAAAAAAGCCACCGAGAACACUAGAAGAAAGAGAAUUGUCCCCAGUGCGAAAGGAACUUGAAAUGCUAGAAGGAGGAGAUGUGCCAUUACCUAAACACAUGCCUUUGUCACCUGAGAGGCGGGAUGUGUCGCCACUCAAGAAGACGCCUGGCACACUGGAUGACAAGGACAAAGAGGUGUCCCCCUUAAGAAGUGCACCUAAAAUGCCAGAAGGCAGAGAUAUGUCACCCUCUAAAAAGGAGCCUGGAAAGCUUGAAGAAAAAGGUCCUUCCUCACUGCAAAAGGUGCCUAGCAGACGUGAAGGCAGAGAUGCUUCACCACCUAAGGCCUCUGGAACACAUGAGGCAAGAGAUGUAUCCCCACUGAAAAAGGUGCCUGGAACACCAGAGGGCAAAUUACCAUCUAAAAAGGCUCCUGGUUUACCAGAGAAAAAGGAGGUAUCCCCAUCGAGGAAAAAGAUCCCAGGAACCACUGAGACCAGAAUUGUAUGUCCUCUAGAUACAUUGCUAGGCAAAGAGGAAAACAAAAGUGGGAUUUCACCAGAGCACAGGGAGACUGAACAGUUGAAAAGCUUUGAUGGGUCCCUCACUUCGCAGAUUUCGGAAACACUCGAAGCCAGAGUUCUGUUUGCAGGAAGGCAAAUGACACCCGAGACGAAAGUCAGAGAUGUUUCGCCAUCAAGAAAGGCACCUGGGGGGAGAGAUCUGUCUCCAUCUAAAGAGUUAGCUGGGGUGCCGAAGAACAGAGAUAUACCUCCACUGGAGAAAACCCCUGAGAAGACUGAAAGCAGAGAUUUUGUACCAGAACAGAAAAGCCCUGUGAUAUCAAAAAGCAGGGAUAAGUCCCCACCAAAAAAACCUUCUGGGGCCCCUGGAAGCAGAGACACAUCUCCAUCAAAGCAGAAGGCGCCUGAUACACGAGAACACAAAGAUGUAUCCCCAGUGAGACGAACACAUGAAACACCAGAGACAAGAGGGGCAUCUCCAGCUAAAAAGCUACCUGAAAUGCUAGAGCAGCGAGAUGUUUCCCCGACAAAAAAGGCACCUGGAAGACCAGAAAGCAAAGAUGUAUGGCUGCCUACACAAAAUAUGCCUGAAACACCUGACAAUGCAGAAAAGUCUCCCUCUAUGCAAGAAGUGCUUGUAGAACCAGGACAGAUAGAUGCAUCCCUACCAAGAAAUGUGCCUGAGAUGCUGCAGAGAAAAGAUGGACUCCCAUUGGAGGUAGUGCCCAAAAAACUGGAAACCAGGGAUGUGUCCCCACCAAAACAGAAGCUGCCUGAAGUACCAGAAGGCAGAGAUGUUUCACCAUCAAGAAAAAUGCUAUCCAAACCAAAGCGUCGCGAAGCUUCCCCAUCAAAACAGAGGGUGCCAGAAACAGUGAAAACUGCAGAAGCAUUCCCGCCAAAUGAACAGGCACCUGAAGCCAUUGACAGCAGACAGCAUAAAUUUGAAGUAGAAGUCCUCGACAUUCCUUCUGGUGGGUGGUAUCUGAAGGAUGCAAUUGAACAGAGGUUGUUUGAUGCCAAGGAAGGACUGUUCCUUAUACCAGGCACUGACAGGCUAGUGUCCUUAGAAGAGACACUGAAAAUGCAGAUCGUAAAUUCUGAUUCAGCAACUGUACUUGAGCCUGGUUCGAGGAGAACCCUUACACUGACGAGAGCACUGGAAAAGAAUCUGCUUAGUGCAACUGGACAUUAUCGUGAUGCAAAGACAAAACAAACAUGGACCAUGGAAGAGGCAAUCAAGCAUAAAGUUGUGAUUCUGUUACAACGUCCAGAUAGUGCAGCCCCUGGGCAUGGGCCAACGAGGUCUAUCCAUGUGACAAGGGUUGCUGGCCAACCAGACAUAGUAGAGGUGAAAGCAAGAGAGCUGGAGGCACCUAAGCAAGACUUCCCAAAGUUUUCUGACCUUGAAACAGAGGAACUUUCAGGCAACGGCUUCAGGAGACCUGCAGAAAGGGCACCUGGCACAGCAUCGGGAGUUGCAAGCAUAUUGAAAGGCAGCCCAGAAAAUGAAGUAAUUAUUCGAGAAGCAGGCGGGCAAAACGAAAUCAAGUUAAAAGAUGCUGUUGGGAAAGGUAUUAUAGAUUUAGAUGCUGACACUUACACUGACAAAAAUACUGGCCACAGGUGGAAAAUUGAAGAAGCUGUCAAAGCAGGCAUGCUUGCCAUUGUCGGCGCACCACUUCUUUUGGGAGCGAAGGCAAUUGAAGCCCUUCGAGAAUCGGCCACUGAUGAAAUGAUUCAUGCAACGGCUACAUGCACAGAGCCGAUUCGUACUACCCGCGAAAUCACCAAAGUGGUUCGUCACACAAGUUUGCACAUCAGGGAUACUGCUACUGGCCGAGAGGUACCCUUGGAAGAAGCACUGGCCUUGGGACUUAUCGACAAAGAAGCUGCCAGAGAACUAGAGGAUAGUGCAAAGACCACCACCGAGCAGAGUGUGCACACCACAACCACAGUGCUUGUCACGGACCCUGUGACUGGGGAGACCACAACGCUCGCUGAGGCCCUUGAGGAGGGCCGCCUUGAGCCAGAAACAGCAGCCAAGCUCCAGCGGGGCAAUGUGACUGGCAUUGUGACUAGUGUACAGACCUGUCUUGAGGGUUCAGGCAAGGGCAGCACAGUGGCAUACCAAGAAUUGCUCAGUGCUCCCAGAGAAGUUGCCGGCAAACAUGUAGAAGAAGUGAGGUAUGCUGUGCCGCGCUUUGAGGUUACGCUGGGCAGGGCAACAACAUCCCAGCAACCUACCUUGCAGAAAGUGCGCAGACUGGUACUCAGCCCUACAGAAGCCCGGAACAGGGGAAUUGCAGACAAAGGCUUAGUGCUAGAACCUCAGCAAGGGCACUGGUUGCCUCAAAGUGAAGCAGAAGCUGCAGGUCUUGUAGAUGUUACCACAGGGGACGUGCUCAUGCCUGUGGGUCGGCCACUGUCGCUGCCUGAGCUUGUGGAACAAGGGCUUGUGGAGCCAGGAACCCAGCGGAUUGUGCAUCCAGAGACUGGUACUCUCUUAACACUGGAAGAGGCAGUCCUCUGCGACAUUGCUAACCCGAUGUCUACUGUACCAGGGCCAGAGUCUCCAAUAACUCUAGAGGAGGCACUUGUCUCUCAGGUUGUUGACAAGGAGUCUGGUUCUCUUGCAGUGGCACCAGGCACUUUAGUGACCCUUGUUGAUGCUGUAUGGAAGCUGAAAGUAUUUGACAAGCUCGACACGCCCAAGUCCGUGGUUCCCAUACCAAAGCUUGCCUUAACUUUUCCUGUUGCAUUGCGUCGGGGUGUCGUUAAUGUGACUGAGCACACGUACACUCACCCAGUCUCGAAAGAAAUAAUGACUCUGGAGGAGGCCAUUAAAAAUGGCUUGCUUUUGCCGACUCCCUCAAUCCCCACACAGGAUAGCCUGCAUGUAUGUGAAGCAAUUGACCAGGGUUUGAUUGACCAAACUACCUUCAACAUGAGGAACCCUCUUACUGGGCAAGAUGUGUCAGUAGAGGAUGCAAUGGACUCUGGUCUUUUGCAGCUUGUGCCAUUUGACAAGUCAAAAUUCAGGUCUUAUGGUAAUGUGGAGCACAGCAUCAGAUACAUUGCUCCUGUGCUUCACCAUACUACAGUAAUUAGAGGCACUACCAUCAUCAUCAGGCCUGGUUACACUAUGCCACAACCAGGUCAGGUGAAAAAUGUGGACACUGGUGAGGUUUUCUCUUUAGAUGAGGCUAAAGAACUUGGUAUUGUUCAGGUAGAGGAAUCUAUAGAAAAGCCCACUUUAUUGGAAGCUGUGCAGCAAGGUUUGGUUGAUUUAGAGCGAGGUCUGUACAUUGCAGAUGGUGUCACUAUUCCAAUUGCUGAGGCAUUUUCCACACACCUCUUAGCUCGUGACAGCACAGGCUCAUUACAGCCUGGCAAGUACACCCUCAUUCAACUGUUUGAACUUCACUAUGAUGAUGAUAUGCAUUUGUUUUGGGUCCCAGGCAGCAGCCAGCCUUUGAGCCUUGAUGAAGUGACAAAAGCCGGAUAUCUAGAUCUAAGCACAGUGCUGCUCGACAUUGAUGAAGGUCGUGUUUUCACUGUUCAAGAUGGUAUCAGCUCAGGCUACAUUGACACUGAAACUGAAAAACUUGCAAGGCAUGGCCGUGAACCCUUAUUCAUAUGGGAGGCCAUCAGAUCUGGAAUUUUGGUGGCCAUUGAUGCGCCCUUGCUUCCAAUGUUGCCAAGGAGAUUUGGGACAGUGACUGAUUAUGGACCUGAAGAGGUUAAGGGCCGUCUGGCUCCUUCAAAGCAACAUUCACCUGGCCGUGCUACUGAAGCUGGAGGUGUAAUUUCUGCUGAAGAAUCUGCAGUGCCAAAGAGGCCAGCCAGGAAAGUGCGACCUGAGUCACCAGGCAGCAAGUGGACUGCAGCUAGUCCGCUGUCGCCUAGCAAGGAAGUUGCACCCAAGUCUCCAACAAAAGAAGUUGCACCCAAGUCUCCAACAAAAGAAGUUGCACCCGAGUCUCCAACAAAAGAAGUUGCACCCAGGUCUCCAACAAAAGAAGUUGCACCCAAGUCUCCAACAAAAGAAGUUGCACCCAAGUCUCCAACGAAAGAAGUUGCACCCAAGUCUCCAACGAAAGAAGUUGCACCCAAGUCUCCUACGAAAGAAGUUGCACCCAAGUCUCCUACGAAAGAAGUUGCGCCCAAGUCACCAAUGAGAGAAGUUGCGCCCAAGUCUCCAAUGAGAGAAGUUGCACCCAAGUCUCCAACGAGAGAAGUUGCACCCAAGUCUCCUACGAAGGAAGUUGCACCCAAGUCUCCAACGAGAGAAGUUGCGCCCAAGUCCCCAAUGAGAGAAGUUGCGCCCAAGUUACCUGCGAAAGAAGUUGCAGCCAAGUCUCCAACGAGAGAAGUUGCAGCCAAGUCUCCAACGAGAGAAGUUGCACCCAAGUCUCCUGCGAAAGAAGCUGCAGCCAAGUCUCCAACGAAAGAAGUUACACCGAAGUCUCCACAAAAGGAAGUUACCUCAAUAUCUCCACUCAGGGAAGAAAUUUCUCCGAGAUCCCCACCCAAGGAAAUUCCUUCAAAGUCUCCGUUUAAAGAAGUACUUUCAAGGCCUGCUUCUAAGGUUGUUGCAUCAAAGUCUCCAACCAGAGAAGUGGCUCCCAAGUCUCCAACCAAGGAGGCUUUCCCGAUAUCUCCAGAUAAGGAGGCAUUUUCUAAAUCUCCUGACAGAGAAGUCCUAAAGUCUCCUUUAAAGGAAGUGGCUCUAAAAUCUCCAGAGAAGGAACCAUUUGCAAGAUUUCCAGACAGGGAGGUUUCAAAGUCUCCAACUAAGGAUAUUUCCCCAUCUCCAACUAAGUCCACUCCUAAGUCUCCAACAAAGGAAGCUGUUCCAAGAUCCCCAGAUAGAGAAGUGAAGCUGAAGUCUCCAACCAAGGAAGUUGUUUCAAAGUCUCCAACUAGAGACCUUGCUUCAAGACCUCCUCCAAGCGAAGCUUCUUCAAUUAAAGAAGUUGCACAAAAGUUGCCAACAAAGGAAGUUUCGCUGAAGUCUCCAACCAAGGAGGUAGUUACAAAAUUUCCAACCAAGCAGACGUCUCCAAAGUCUCCACCCAAGGAAGUUGCUUCUAGACCGCCAAUGAAAGAAACUUCCCCGAAAUCUCCACCAAGGGAAGAUUCUUCAAAAUUGCCCACCAGGCCUGCAGAUCGGAAAGAACCGGCUAAGAUGCCACCAGGUCACCUAGCUAGAACUGAGGAAGAAGUUUUGCCAACUACUGAAGUGUCAACUUUCAGUAGCACUGAAGUGGUUGUGAAACAGACAUUCACAGAGUACCGGAAGGACUACGAAGCAGAGCUGGUGGUAGGGCAGAAACUGCCCCUGCGUACACUUGUGCAGCGAGAUGCAAUGGCACCUAGGAACUUUUUGGUGUUUAUUCCAAGCUCGGGACGAACAAUGCGCUUGGAGGAUGCGCUGGCCACAGGGCAGGUCACUGAAGACAACAUAGUGAUGGUGCGUAGCAUGAACGAGCUAGUGGUCAUGGAUCUGGUGGCUCCUGAGUUUACGCUGGACUCUGCCACUUCUGAGGGGAUGUACAACACAAAGCUCAAGACUUUCACCAACCCCAAGACAAAGAAGCCAAUCUCCUUUGCUGAAUUUGUGGCCAGAAAAUUUGUUGACUUUUCCAAUGUCGCUGUUCAAGACUUUAAGGCUAAAAAGAUGAUUACACUGGAGGAAGCUCUGGAGCGAAACAUUGUGGACAGAGAGACAGGGCAAAUGGUGCACCCAGAAACAAGGAAGCCCGUCUCCUUCUUUGAAGCAAGUGUCUUGGGCUGGAUUGUCUGGGAGACCGUGGUUGUCACCCAGACAGGGCGGCUGACCCUAGCUCAGGCUAUUCGCGGGCUCAGCUUUGACCAAGAAAAGGCGGCAGCGCAGGAGCGAUGCAAGACCUGUGACGAAGAGAUUGCCCAGCUGUCCCAGUGGAUCGAAGACAUUGAGCUGCGACUUGCCAACCUUGGUGCUGUCUCGGAGAACUUGGAGAGCUUGCGACAGCAGCUGGCAAUUGCCAAGUCCCUGCGUGAGGAGCUGGAGUUGAAGCAGCCGCGAGUGCUGUCGUUGUUCGACGAGGUCCGGCAACUGUCCUCCAACGAGCUGCUUUCGCGUGAUGAAACUGAUGCCCUGCAGCGGCCCCUGGCCCAAUGUCGUGGACGCCUCGAGCUCUGCCAGGAGCGCAGUGAGCGCCUUGCACGACGCCUGACUGCCGCUCUCGAGGAGCUGCUCAAGUACACAGGGGAGAUGCAAGUCUUCAGGACAUGGCUUGACAAUGCCCGCAAGGUCUUGGCCAGGCAUGAGGAACUGUUGGACGACAUCCGGAAUGUGGCUGACAAUGCUGAUCACUACAGAGCAUUUUCUAGUGAUGUGAUUGCCCACCAAGCAGACCUUCGUUUCAUCACCAUGGCUGCCCAGCGGUUUGUGGAUGAGUCUAAGGAAUAUCUCCGCAUGCUGAAUGACCACCGCACAAGCCUGCCACAAAGGCUGAGCCAUUUGGAGCCCUCAGAGAGUGAGGUUCGCACUGAGGUGUCUCACGUGAGCACCGAAUACCAGAACCUACUGAGCCGUGUAAACAAGCUCGGGGACCAGUUUUCGGGCCUGACAGAACGCAAGCGUGCCUACCAUGAGGCCAUGGAGAGGGCCACAGCUUGGCUAAAUGAAGCACAGCGCAGUGCCAAGCGGCUGCUUGAGGAGCCGACGGCAGCUGAGCCACCCGCAAUCCAGGAGCAACUGGAACGUGUGCGGGCCUUCCACCUUGAGGCAGUCGGCCAGGGGCGGCUGAUCGAGACGGCGAAGCAGGCAGCGCAGGCGCUGCCACCGUCUGGUGGACCUGCUGUCGAGGAGGCUGUGCGCAACCUGGAGGAGGUGUACCAGCAGAUGCUGUCGCUUGUGGGCGAGCGCAGCAAACAGCUGCAGACUGCACUUGUGCAGUCGCAGGACAUUGCAGAUGGCCUGGACCGAGUGCUGCGACUGCUUGAUGAGCUCGAGGCCACCCAGCGGGGCCAGAGCGCCAAGCUUGCCAGCUUGAUGAGGGAUCGUCUUGAUGAGCAGAUUCAUGAACACCGUGUGCUGCGGUCAGAAAUCGAUGGUCAGCGUCCAUUUAUAGAUGCUCUCAAUGCUUCAGCACGGGAGCUGCCUGGCAAUGCUCGCUUGGCCAAGAAAGUGGAGGCCAAGCUCAAAGACAUCAAUAGCCGCUACGAGAAAGUACUUGACAAGUCGUCAAGGAGGGGUGAAUUACUUGACGAGGUGUCAAGCUGCUUGGACCAAUUCACUGGCAUGGCGAACCGCUUUGAAGAGUGGCUUGCCAGUGUGCUGCAAGCCGUGGAGGGCGAAGAGCAGCCACGCCUUGAGCACGCCAUGAAUCAGCGUAACCUGCGCAAGGACGAGUUCGAGGACUUGCUGCGUGCAGGACGUGCCUUGUGUGCCAAACGCGAUGUUACCGAUACUGGGCCUGUGCGUGACAAGGUGAAACAGCUGGAGCAACAAUGGAAAGAACUUGGUGAAGUGCUGUCUGAGCGGGAGAGGCAGGGACGGCAACGUGCUGAGCAAGGGGCAGCAUACGAGACACUGCGACAGCAAGUGUUGACGUGGCUGCAGACAACUGAGGGACGCCUCGACACCCUUGGUUCUCUGGCCCUGGACCGAGACAUCUUACGCCGACAGGCUGCUGAGAUCAAGCCUCUGGUGAAGGAGCAUGCUGAGUACGCUUCCACCAUGGACCGUGUCAACGAGUUGGGUCGCAGCUAUGACGCGCUGCGGGUGGACAGCCGCUCACGCCCGCCUGCCCGUAAGGGAGGUAGCCCCCACAAGGAACCCUAUGCCAAUGGCAGCAGCACUCACGAGUCAUCACCCGAAGGAAGGGCACUGCAGAGUCCACAGUCCAGUGCCUCCAGUGGUUUUAGCAGUAGGCACAGCUCGAUCGACCAGUUUGGGCCCCUCGAGGACCUGAGCCCCGUGCAGCAGCAACUUUCCGAGAUGAACCACCGUUACCACCUGCUCGGUGUGCGCCUCUCAGACCGGCAGCAGGAGGCGGACUCGCUAUCCGAGGAGCUGCGGACAUGCACUGAGGCCAUUCGCACGCUGGUAACCUUUGUCAAGAGCCGUAGCGUGCCCCGUGACUUGCCGACAAGCCAGGAGCUGGCACACCAGCAGCUGUCGCAGCUGCGCGAGCUGCAGACAGAGCUUCAGGAGAAGCAACUUGAGGUGGACCGGGCACGCCUUCAGGCCCAGGAACUGCUGCGGCGCCGACCACAGGCACCCGGAGCCGACGCCCUUCAGGCACAGCUGGACGAGCUGCUCAGCCGGUGGCAAGGGCUGCAGGGGGCACUGCGCUCGCGCCUCCUCCUGAUACAGUUGCUGAAGGAGUUCCAGGAUACCCACGAUCUUCUGCACAACUGGCUCAUCCAGAAGGACAAGAUGUUCCAGGUGUUGGGUCCAAUUGCAACUGAGCCACGCCUGGUGGCUGCCCAGACACAGCAGGUGUUGUGUAUGCGCGACGAGCUUACGUCACAGGAGCCCCUGCUUCGCCGCUUCACAACCUGCGCACACGAACUGCUGGACCAGCUGGACGACAAGGAUGGUCCAACUGAACGCCGCCUUCGUGAACAGCUGGAUGGCAUAAAACGCCACUGGGCUGAGAUAGUGUCAAGGCUGGAGGAGCGGGAGCGUGCACUGGGGGCAGCCACUGGAGCUUCGUCUGAGUUCCAAGCAGCUCUGGCCCGGCUCUUGGACAGUUUGCAGGGUGUUGGUGACGACUUCGAACGCCUCUCUGAGGCUGGAGAUUGCGAAGCCCAACUUCAUCGCUUGGCAACCCUGGAGGAACGCCUCGAUGCCCAGCGACCACCGCUGGCUGAAGCCGAAGCCCGAGCUGAGAACCUCUGUGAGCUGCUGUCAGAUGCAGCCUCACGCUCUGAGGUCAGGGCCCGCUUGGGAAGUGCCCAGAAGCUCUACAAUGGCCUCAGUCGCAAGAUCAACAACCGCAAGGCUGAAUUGGAGUCGUCCUUGAAGGAGGACCGAGGCUUCUUCUCGAACUGUGAUAGCAUUCAGGAGUGGCUUCGUGGCAUCCAGCUCAGCCUUGCUCCCGACCUGAAGAUCUCGGCCGACACUGACAUUCUGCACCAGCAAGUCACCGAGUUUGAGCCAGCGUACAAGAGCCUGCUAGACAAGGAGCACGAGGUGCACCUGGUGCUGAGCAAGGGGGCCGACAUGGUCACCCGCAUGAGCCGCAAGCAGGAGGCCCAACAGCUACGCACACGCCUCGACGGCCUGCGCCGCGGAUGGGACCAGCUCCGCAAGGAGGCCACCGACAGGCAUACACGACUGCAACGGGCAUUCGAGAACUGCAAAAAGUUCAACGCUGCCUUCAACAAGUUCGGACCCUGGCUGCAGUCAGCUGAAGGCCGCUUGUCUACUCUGACCCUGGCCAACUACCAGCGUGCUGAGGUGGAGAGGCAGGCCAAGGAACUGCAGACCUUCAAAAAUGAUUUGUCGAGGCACAGCCAGGAGUAUGACAGUGUGCGCAACCUGGGUGAAACAUUCCUUGCGGGCUGCGACGUGGACAAGGACGGCGUCAAGAAGGACUUGGACACGCUCCGCACACGGUGGGAGAAACUGAACCACGGUGUGUCGGAGAGGAGCCGUCAGCUGGAUGAGGUUUCAAGCAAGCUGUGCGAGUUCCAGGAGAAGGCUGGCGAAUUGGGCCAUGGCCUGCAGCGACUUGAGGACAAGCUUGCGUCCCACGACGCUCUGGGUGAGGCAGCACGCAACCCGCGCCUUCUUGACCGGCUGCAGGGCAUGGCGCGCGAGACCGACGAGAUGCGCCGUGGCCUCGACCGACUGCGUGCAUUCACUGACACUUGGCUGGCCUCGGCCUCACCAGAGUGCGACACCUCACACGUGCGUGGCCAGCUCGAUGCUCUGGUACGUCGCCAUCAGCAGCUGGCACAUGACCUGCAGGACCGCUGUGGACAGCUCGAAGCAGCAGGAACGGUGGUGGCCCAGUAUCACGCAAAGGUAAAGACAGCCCAGCAAGACUUGAGUAACCUGGAAGAAGAGUUGGAAAGCAUGGGCCCCAUUGGGCGGGACAUCAAGACAGUACGAAGCCAGAUCGAUCAAGUGAAGAGCUUCCAAGGGCGCCUCUCAUCUGCUGCCCACGAGGUUGACAGGGCGGAGCAGGAGUGCCAGGAGCUGAUUUCUCAGGGAUACACUCAGGACGCCAAGGGCGCCCGUGCUCAGGUGGAGGCAUUGCGCAGGCAGCUCAACAGGCUGGAAGAGCGGGCACGUGGCCGUCACAGCUCACUGGAGGCCAUGUUGGCCAAACUGGAGAAGUUCUAUGAGGACCUGCACACGACCCAGAGGCGUGUUGGGGGUGCUUUGGGUGAGGAGCACACGUUCCGGCCUGUGGCAGCUGAUGUAGAGAGCUUGCGCAGUCAGCAGGAGCAGUUCAAGCAAUUCCGCAAAUCUCAUGUGGAGCCACUGGGUCGUGAAGUUGACACUGUGAAUCGGGCUGGCAACGCGCUGAUCCAGUCUGCAUCACCAGGUGUUAACACAACUCUUCUGGAACGAGACAUUGACAAACUCAAUGACGAAUGGAACCAGUUGAAGGAGAAGGUUGGAGAGCGUGAGCGUCUGCUUGAGGCGGCGUUGCUGCAAUCAGGCAAGUUCCAAGAGGCCCUGGCCGGCGUGGCACGCUGGCUGGAAGACACGGAGGAGCUGGUGGCCAAUCAGCGGGCUCCAUCAGCUGACUACAAGGUGCUCAAGGCGCAGCUGCAGGAGCAGAAGUUCCUCAACAAGCUACUGCUCGACCGGCAGGGCAGCAUGAACUCGCUGCAGGCCAUGGGCACUGAGGUCAUGCGGCAUCUGUCAUCAGCCGACAAGGCCCAUGUUCAGGCACAGUUGCAUGAUCUGAGCCAGCGAUUUGACCGGCUCAUGCGAGGUGCACAGGAACGCACAGCAGCCCUGGAGAGGACACUGCCCGUAGCUCGAUCGUUCCAGGAGCAGCUGUCACCGCUUGUUGAGUGGCUGGAGCAAACAGAACGACGGCUCACGGCGAUGUCCACCUUGCCAACGGAUGCCGACCGUCUUACACAGCGGGCGCAAGAACAUCGCGAACUUCAUCGUGACGUGUUGGGGCACAAGCGAGCGUUUGAGGCACUCACUGAAACAGCUCAGCAGCUUAUGUCUCUGGUGGGUGACGACGAGGCUCAGGCUGUGGUUGACUCACUCCAAGAACUGACGGAUCGCUAUGCUCGCCUCGUCGGAGACAGCGAGCGUCUGGAGCAGCUUUUGACGGAGGCACGUGCGGGCGCUGGCGCCUUUGCACUCGCCUUCGAGGACCUGCUUGUCUGGAUAGGAGAGAUGGAGUCGCGCCUUGCACGCUACCAAGUGCUCAGCGUCUACGUUGAGAAGUUGCAGGAGCAGUUUGACGAGCUCAAUGAGCUGAGUGAAGAGGUAUCUGACCACCAGAAGCAAGUUGAUGAGUUGAGUGGGUCCGGGCAGGAGCUGAUGCGGCAUGCAUCGGGCAAUGAUGCCAUCCAGCUCAAAGACCGGCUGGAUUCUCUACAGCUUCGUUACACAGACCUGGCACAGCGUGCAUCGGAGCGCCUGCGACAGGCCCGUGAGGCCCUGCCUGUAGCCCAAAGCUUCCACACUGCCCAUGAACGUCUCACUCGAUGGAUGGAUGAAGCUGAAGCACAGCUGCGGUCUCUGGAGGCCGCUGCCCUUACUGCCCAAGAGAGCACUAUGCAGCGUCUUGAGCAGGAGCUGCAGGAGAUGCGUGGUGUGUUGGAAGUUGUGAACCAUCUGGGCCCACAGCUGUGCCAGCGGUCACCUGGAGAGGGUGCAGGUGUGGUGGAAGCCAUGGUGUCUCGUGCCAACCGCCGUUUUGACGCCAUCUGUGAACAGAUUCAGCGGCGUGCCGAGCGUCUUGAGCUCUCGCGCCAGCGCAGCCUUGAAGUGACUGGUGACCUAGAAGACCUGCUUGACUGGUUCCACGAGGUGGAGCGCCAACUGGCUGACGCUCAACCCAUUGUGGCCGAGCCAGACACCCUGGCUGCCAUGCUUCGGGAGCAGAAGGCCCUGAGCGAAGAGGUGAGCAGCCAGAAGGGCCGUGUGCGGGAUGUCUUGUCAGCUGCCAAGAAGGUGGCGAGGGAAUGGCCGGCUGAAGACCAGGCAGCUGUGCGGGACCGAGCAGAAGAGCUGCGAGCGCUGUCGACCCGCGUUGCCGAGGCAUGUGCCGAGCGGCUGGCAGCACUGGAACAGGCACUGCCACUGGCCGAGCACCUGCUUGAGGCCCACAGCGAGCUGGUUGCCUGGCUGGACGAGGCCGAGUCCGAGGCUGAAAGACUUGCCGCCCCUGCAGCUCCCCAUCCUGCGCACAUCCAGAGGCAGCAGGAGCGUAACCGUGCCCUGCUGCAAGCGCUGGCCGAGCACAAGCCACUGCUUGACCGGCUCAACAAGGCAGGCGCAGCACUCGCAAAACUGUGCCGACCGCCUGAUGCCCAAAAGGUGCAGCGGUUGCUCAGCUCAGACAAUGAGCGCUACAACGCACUUCGAAAGCUGCUGCGUGACCAGCAGAAUCUCCUUGAGGAGGCCAUGCAGUCCACCUCCCAGUUUGCUGACAAGUUGGACGGCAUGCUGAGUGCACUGGCUUCAACGGCAGACCAGCUGAACAAUGCGGAACCCAUCUCUGCACACCCCGAGCGCAUCCAAGAGCAGAUUAGCGACAAUCAGGCUGUGGUGAGCGACCUGGGAAAGAAGUCACCCGCCUUGGAGGCUGUGCAGAAGGCUGCCCGCGAAGUCAUUGCCAAGGCUGGCGGAGACCAGGAGCCUAGUGUACGAGACAUCCGGCAAAAGCUGGAGCGACUCAAUGGCCUGUGGGAGGCAGUCCAGCAGGCAGCACGCACGCGAGGCCAGUCGCUGGAGAGCGCGCUGGCAGUGGCGGAGCGCUUCUGGGAGGAGCUGAACGCAGUCAUGCGGGCGCUUCGUGACCUCCAGGAGAACUUGGACAGCCAGGAACCACCAGCCGUCGAGCCGCAGGCCAUCCACCAGCAACAGGAGGUGCUGCACGAGAUCAAGCAGGAGAUGGACCAGACACGGCCCGAAGUGGACCAAUGCCGCCAGGCAGGUCAAGACCUCAUGCAGUUGUGCGGGGAGCCUGACCGACCGGAAGUCAAGCGCCACAUUGAGGACCUGGACUCGGCCUGGGAGAAUGUGACCACCCUGUAUGCCAAGCGAGAGCAAAACCUCAUUGAUGCCCUGGACAAGGCCAUGGGCUUCCACGACACCCUUCAGAGCCUGCUCGAGUUCUUGGACACAGCUGAGCAGAAGUAUGCCACCCUUGGACCUGUGGCAGCUGACAUUGAUGCUGUCAAGGCACAGAUUGGACAGCUCAGGGACUUCAAGCGAGAAGUGGACCCACACAUGGUGGAGGUGGAGUCGUUGAAUCGGCAGGCCAAAGAGCUUUCAGAGCAGACGUCCUCCGAGCAGGCACGUGCAUUGCGGCAGCCCCUUGAUGAGAUCAACCGGCGCUGGACGGCACUGCUUCGUGGCCUGGUGGACCGGCAGCGCGAGCUUGAGAAUGCGCUGCUACGACUGGGCCAGUUCCAGCAUGCGCUAGGAGAGCUGCUGGUGUGGAUGGCACGCACUGAGCGUGCGCUCGACGAGUGCCGUCCUGUAGCCGGCGAUGCCCAAGUCAUUGAGGUCGAGCUGGCCAAGCACAAGGUGCUAAUGAAUGACAUCCAAGCGCACCAAAGCAGUGUGGACACGCUGAACCGGGCUGGUCAUCAAUUGAUUGAAGCAGACCGGCACAGCGAGGACGCCAGUGUGACGCAGACCAAGCUGGCAGACCUCAACCGGCGUUGGAAGGCACUGCAGGACAAGGCAUCUCAACGCCAGCAGCAGUUGGAAGCUGCCCUGCGAGAGGCUCAAGCCUUCAACCAGGAGAUACAAGACCUACUGAUGUGGCUGAGUGACAUUGACGGUCAGUUAGCAUCAUCCAAGCCUGUUGGUGGACUACCAGAAACAGCAAGGGAACAACUCAACCGUUUCAUGGAGCUUUACAAUGAACUGGAUAGCAACAGACACCGGGUCGAGUCGGUGCUGCAGCAAGGCCAAGAGUACACACGUGCAGCGGAGGGCUCAACUGGGCUGCAGCAUAGCUUGCGCACCCUUAAACAGCGAUGGGACAAUGUCCUCAACCGGGCCAAUGACCGGAAGAUCAAACUGGAGAUUGCACUGAAGGAAGCAACAGAGUUCCACGAAUCACUUCAGGAGUUUGUGGAAUGGCUCACACAUGCGGAGAAGUCUUUGGCAAGCCUGCGGCCUGUGAGCCGAGUCUUGGAGAAUGUGCUAAGCCAGAUUGAAGAGCACAAGAGCUUCCAGAAGGAUGUGGGCGCCCACCGGGAAACGAUGCUGCAGUUGGACAAAAAGGGCACACACCUCAAGUACUUUAGCCAGAAACAGGACGUGAUUCUCAUCAAGAACCUGCUCAUCUCGGUGCAACAUCGCUGGGAGCGCGUUGUCUCCAAGGCAGCAGAACGCACUCGCGCUCUUGACCAUGGUUACAAAGAGGCCAAGGAGUUCCAUGAUGCGUGGACUGAACUCGACCGAUGGUUGACAGAGGCGGACCAGAGCCUUGACGAGCAGCCGCCGGCAGGCAAUGACCCCGAGAAGAUUCGGCGCCUGCUGGCACGGCACCGGGAGUUCCAACGCACCCUGGGGGCCAAGCAGCCGGCAUACGAUGCCUGCUUGCGCCAGGGGCGGCUUCUGCGCGAGCGCUGCCCCAAGGCUGAUCAGCCAGUGCUGCAGCGCAUGAGCGAUGAGCUCAAGGCCAAGUGGAAUGCCCUUUGCAACAAGUCGGUGGACAGGCAACGCAAGUUGGAGGAAGCACUGCUCUUCUCGGGCCAGUUCAAGGAUGCAGUGCAGGCACUCAUCGACUGGCUGGACCGCGCCCUGACCUCCCUGCAAGCAGACCAGCUGCUGCACGGAGACCUCGACACGGUCAACAACCUUGUGGAACAGCACCGAAGCUUCCAAACGGAGCUGAAAAGCCGCUCGGCCAACCUGGAGUCAGUGCAGCGCACGGCCAGCGAGCUGCUCAAGACGGCCAGCGCCGACGAUGCGGCCAGCAUCCGCAGCCAGAUGUCAUCGCUUGAGUCAAAGUGGGAAGCUGUUUCCAAGCUCUCGGACACCAAGCAGCGCAAGCUCGAAGAGGCUCUCCGCCAGGCAAAGCAGCUGCACAAGGCUGUGCACAUGCUGCUGGAGUGGCUGUCAGAUGCAGAAAUGAAGCUGCGCUUUGCAGGUCCUCUGCCUGAGGACGAAGCCACAACACGGCAACAGAUGGAGGAGCACCAGCAGUUCAUGCGCGAGAUGGAGCAACAAGAGCACAACAAGGAGAGCACGAUAGCGCUAGCCCAGGAGAUUCUGUCCAGGUGCCACCCAGAUGCCGUGACGGUCAUCCGUCACUGGGUGACCAUUAUCCAGUCACGCUGGGAAGAGGUGUCCCUCUGGGCACGCCAGCGUGAGCAGAAGCUGGCUGAGCACCUGCGCUCACUGCGCGAUGUGCUCGAGCUGCUUGAGGAACUGAUGCGCUGGCUGCUGGCAGCCGAGGCCAGCCUCAUGACUUUGGAAGCCCAACCACUGCCAGAGGAUGUGGCAGCAACAGAACGCCUUCUCGAUGACCACCGGCGUUUCAUGGACGACAUGUCCCAGCGGCAGGCCGACGUGGAUCGUAUCUCUAAGGCCUUUGCCAGUAAACGCCAGCCGGCCGCUGGCUCAGCCGCAGCUGGUGGAAUCAAGGACCGCCCAUCGCAGCAACGACAUGACAGACGCACGCCCCACGCAGCUUCUCAGAGUACGCCCCGGACAUCCACACCUACGCGUGGGCAUGCUGCUGCAGAGCCCGAGAUCCGACACCCCCGUGCACGGGAGCUGGUGGAGAAGUGGCAGCACGUCUGGCUGCUGGCCAUGGAACGCCAGCGCCGACUGCUGGAACACCUCAAGUACCUGCAGGAGUUGGAGAGCAUCAAGAACUUCGACUUUGACGAGUGGCGCAGGAGGUUCCUUGGCUGGAUGAACAACAAGAAGUCUCGUGUGAUGGACCUGUUCCGCAAGAUCGACAAAGACAAUGACGGGAAAGUGACCAAGGAGGAGUUCAUUGAAGGAAUCCUCAAGUCGAAAUUCCCGACGAGCAGACUCGAGAUGGAAAGGGUAGCCGACAUUUUUGACCGAAAUGGCGAUGGCUACAUUGACCAUAAGGAGUACAUUGACACCCUUCGUCCUGAUCGAGAUUGCUUGGUUCAUGGUGCGAAGCAGAACAAGCCCCUUACGGAGGCCGAGAAAAUCCAGGAUGAAGUUCAGCGACAGGUUGCCAAGUGCACCUGCGUCCACCGCUUCAAAGUGUUCCAAGUGGGCGAGGGAAAAUACCGGUUUGGUGAAUCUCAGAAGCUGCGCCUGGUGCGCAUCCUGCGUAGCACAGUCAUGGUGCGUGUAGGUGGCGGCUGGGUGGCCCUCGACGAAUUCCUCGUCAAAAACGAUCCCUGCCGAGGAGGGAGAGAAGAAGCAUUGUUGCUAACACGGCUAAUAAUCGAGCAGUACCGACGCAGCCAGUCCAAACAGUUUGCAGUGCAAAUGGCGCCCACUUAUCCCUAACCCCCUCUUCUCGCGCGGCUGUGCCUUGCUGGGAUUUGGAAUGCGUUGUACAUAUGGGGGCCUGCCUGAGCAUGCUUGUCGCAUGCCUUCUGUGCAUGCUGACCGUACUACUGUCCGGCCCCUUUCCUUCUCUGUCUCUCUAUCACUCCACGCAAUUCUUUAUCUCAGGGGUGGCCAAACUGACCCGGGAGCAGCACAUAGCUUUUCUUUGGUCUGCUUGUGACUCGCGACUGGUUUCUUGGUCAGGUGGCAGGCCUGAUCAAGCAGCAAGUCACCUGCUACCACAUGCAAUAGUCUGCUAGCAUACACCAAAUGAGGCAACUUUCGCAAUCUUUUGCUUCUGCCGUUCCCCAAUCGGUGUUUCUUCGCUGGGAGCUCAAAUAGUAAAGAGGCAGCCAAUGUCGUUAAGGUCAAAAACUCCUGCAUUUUGCUGCAACUCUUGAGCAAUGCACGGUCAGCCUUUUUAUGACUAUUUAAACACAUCUGUUUGACCACCCCUGCCCUAUCUCGAGCCUACAACCUUAUGGGCAAACAUCUCACCUGCAGCAGUGUUGGAUUUCACUCCCGACUCUGUUGUAAUGUGCUAAAAGACUUUCUUCAGUUUUUUUUUCUGGCUUGCACAAAGGACUAUUCGCUGUAGUAUCCAGAGUAUGUCUCCUGUGUCUGAGAUAUCUUGUGUGUGUGUGUGUAUAUAUAUAUAUAUAAUAUCUGUAUUUAAAGCUUGGAACACAUGCAGUGCAGCUGUAUUGGUUUUACCUUUUACAGGCAGACAACCGUAUUUACUUCAAAAUAGGUCGAACACGUAUAUAGGUUUACCCCUAUAUAUAGAACUCUCCAAGAGAUGAAAAAUUAUGAGUCAAAUAUAGAUUGACCAUAACUUCAGAAAUAUCGAAGAACUUUGAACGUGACACAUCUUCAUUUACCGCAAGUUCGGCUACUAAAUCUCGCUAGUUGAUACCACCAGUGGCAUCCUCGUCGGAUGCUUCACAGGCAUCCUUGGCAUACCAAAUGACAUUGUCCUUGGUGCCGUUGAGUGCAUUGGAUAUGCAGCACUUAAAGCCACUCUUGGUAAUCUUCAGGCUGGCUUUACAGCAAGCGCCACCAGGAACUCCGUUAGCUUGGUACUUUUGCUAGCUUUGUUCCCUAGCUAUGUCAGCUUGUCAAGAUUCUUUGGUCACAAAUAUAGAUUGAUAGCGCACUUCCGAAAAAAAAGAAGGUCGACCUAUGUUCGUAUAAAUACAGUACUUUAAAUUGUUUGUUUGGUUGUAAAGGUUAAUGGGAAUUUUUUCUGCGUGAACAUGCUGUAAAUUUUAUUUUGAGGUUGCCCUUUUAAAAGUGGCACAAUGUUCAUAUCUCGCUGCAGGCUUUCAGCUCUGUGAGAUGUUUGCCAUGGUGUAAGACGAUACGGCACCAGCUUCCUGGAUGUUCACCAUAAUGUUAAGCAAGCAUGUAACAUUAAUAGGAAUGGUCUCUUGCACAUUUCCUCGUCUUGGCAACAGGCUGUGCCAUGUCGCACACCUGUUCUAGUUCGAAGCAUUGGUAGUGCACGUCCAACAGUGACAAGCCGCUGUACAUAACAUCUCCUAACCAAAUUAAAGCUCUGUGCCACAUCCCGCUUCCAUGGCAUGCCACAGGGCUCACAUGCAUCAAGAUGCAUACUAUGUAAGUUGCUGUGGAUCUAUGAACAUUGUACAGGAGAGAUGUGUGAAGCAGGCUUAUUCUUUGGGUGUGGUGGACAUCCAUGGGGCUUUGCCAACAAGCUCUGCCUUUAUUUGCCUGCGAUGUGGUGAUUGUAAUCAGAUUUGUAUAGUGUGUUUACAAGAAACAAAGAGAAAUGAGCAGCGUACCACGUCAAAAAAAUGCAAAUUCAGUCGACUCUUUAAAGUGAGCUUGGAAAAUAAAUGUAAACUGUACAUCUGAAGUGAUGUUUAGGUUGAUGAAACUGAGUGAAGUUUUCGAGAACAGUCCAGUUUAUCAUGGAAUUCAAGAUGACAAAUUUUAUCUUAAUGUAAUCUACUUGUAUGUUAUUUGGAUUUCUCAUUGUUAUGCUUGUUGCACAGUUUGAAAGGCAACUGGCAUGGCAGCUGUGUUAGUGAUCUUGUGAGUCUUGGCCCACAGCAUUAUGAUGUGGCAGUACCCUCAUUUCCUUUGUUUUAUUCUGUCAUCACUCUAAGCAUCAGUAGCACACAUCUUGCUCACUAAUUUAAAUGAGCUGGAAGUCCACACCAAAAUAUGUUGAAGUCAAUUUGGACAUCGAGGCAGUCGGUGUCGGUGCAUCAGAACCGCACCAGCCAAGCUCGUUGUCAUUGUUGCCGCCGGCCGAGUGUUCCUGU